UUCUGGACGAGGGCGCUCUGCCUCGUAGUGCUGAAGCUCGAAUGUUUCAGUAAAUGGAGUGACGUUUCUGCCGCUCGUUUAAUCUUUGACCCAGUUAAAAGUCACUUUGCAAAAUGACCAUUACCCAGUAACCAGAACAUACUCAUGUUGUUAACAAACAGUUUUUAUUUCGGAUAAUUUAUUAAAUUUUUACAUUUUAUUUUAAUUUAGUGAUAGUAACAAGUGAACAUGUUUAAAUGGAUUUUGUUUUUAUCUGUAUUAAGCGUCAUAGAUGCUGAAAUGGUCCCCGGCCAGUGCGUGGUGCCUCGCCUGGCCAACGGAAGACUGCGCUGGCGCAGUCGCAGCAAGCUCAUCAGGUUCUCCUGCAACUACGGCUUCGAGCUGGUCGGCAGUCGGUACGCCACCUGCCGGAACGCGCAGUGGGACACGCCUAAACCGACGUGUGUCAAGCCAGGGUGCCCAGUGCCUCAGCUGACGAACGGUCUGGUCAUCACGUCUCGCUCGGACGCCUUCCUGGUGUUCUUCUGCCUGCCCGGCUUCAAGCUGGUCGGGACAACUGCCAUGUACUGCGAUGGAAAGUCGUGGAACACUACUAUGCCUUCUUGUGUUGAUUCCACAAUGGUUUCUAAGACGAGCUGCGACUUCGAAGACCCAGACCUGUGCGGCUGGGCCCAGGACAGCCUCCACGACUUCGACUGGGAGCGGCUGAACCGGAAGACGCCGAGCUCCUUCAUGAACACUGGACCUUCCUACGACCACACCAUUGGGAAAGGAGGAGCAGGGUAUUACAUGUACAUAGAGAGCUCGUCCCGACUAGAGAACGAGACGGCGCGUCUCAUCUCACCCAUAUACGACAUGGAAAUAGCUAAGGAUGGGUGCUUCUCCUUCUACUACCACAUGUUUGGCAGGUACCUCGGAGGCUUGAGGGUGUACCAGAAACCAGACAACAUUCCUCUUCAGACCAUGCUCAAGCUGCCAGAAGAAACAAGGAAGAAAUACGUAUUGUUUGAGCAAUGGGGAGACCAGGGGGACUUUUGGUAUAGGGGGGUCUCCCAGCUUCAUGAUUUCGGUGAUAAUUUUCAGAUAGUGAUGGAAGGCAUUCGAGGCAAGAGAUUCACCAGUGACAUAGCCAUCGACGAUGUCGCCAUACUGCAAGGGGAGAACUGUACUAUAGCCAAGAGAAACAUGGUCACUCCACCUCCAGCUAUGUUACCUAGCACAUGCGAGGGCAGAUGUGGAAGUGGCAACCUGGCCCUGAUAGGGUGUAGCUGCGCGUAUACCUGCCUCGUCAGCUAUAACUGCUGUCCCGACUACUUCGAAGUCUGCCUCGAUAUGAUAGACUCUACCACCGAAGACACAAAUCUAAACUCAGCAGAACUACCUCAAACCCAAAAACUAGUCGCCAAAAACACAACAGAAAGAGUGGAAAACACUGCAGUUGUUAGAAUCGCGUCAACAACAGAACCGCCUACAAGAACACCUAAAACAACAUCUAGAGCAACCACAAAAGUUGUUACUACCGAAAAAACAACACAUCCAACAACUAGCACAACUACUAGUACCACAACAAGUAGUACCACAAAAAGAGUGCAACCAAGAGUGACGAAAGAUACGGUUUUCCAGAAAGACGCAAUAAAUGCAAACGUCAACACCACGGAAAAGAUUCAAAAACUCACAACACCAAAAAUGGUUCGACCGUUUGUUGAUUACAAGCCAACUAAAAUGGCAAAGGGUACACCUGUACUACCCACGUCAACAGUUAGAACGACCAAGUUUGUGAAGUAUACGAAGGCUCCUAAACCAAGGAUAAGGAAGGCUAAUGCCACGGAUGCAACAAAUGCACUAUAUCGACCAACAUCAACACCAGCUAAAUCUAGCGCCUGGAGGGGGGUUCUGAUCACGCUGGCGGUGCUGGUAUGCGGCGCGGGGCUGGCGUGGCUAGCGGCGGGGGCGAGGGGCGCGCGGGGGCGGGCGGCGCUGGCCACGCUGCGCGGCCGCGCGACGCAUGACCCGGAGGUGCGCUACCUGCACUCCGACAACGAUGACGAAUAA